AAUGAGCAAUGAGUCGUUGAUGAACGAGCGUCGCGUACCCUCUAAUUUGCGAGCCAAACCGCGGAGGCGGCCGAUUCGAGGCCCCGUCUGUCACGUCGUUCAAACAGGAUCCUGUUUAAACCUGGUUAGCGGUCAGAUGGCCGGCAGAGACGUACGGCUCACGUGAGUCGCGACCGCGCGUCGGUUUGCUCUUCCUAUUUUCGUAGUCGUUCGGUAUAUAAAGAACCCGUCCUCGGCGGACGUCGCCGAAAGAUUUGGCAGCGGUAACCGCGCUUUUCUGCGCCGCGCGCGGCGCCGUACAUAGAGCGGGCCCCGGAUAGCGGACGCUCUAUCCCCCGCUCGCGGAUAGAGCGUCCAGAACACAGAGAGGACACGGAGUUUAGUCUAUCCGUCGGCAUUUCGUGGACAUUCAGUCGUCGCGACGCCCGUUUUGCACACGCGUCGGCGCGUCGAUCUUCGCGUUCCUCUCUGGACGCCGCGUCGCAGGCGGGGCGUCUCAAGAUAGACUUCCUCGUCCUCGCCUCGUCGCGUACCUCUUCGACCAUCGCGAUACGAACGCGAAUGUGAACGUACACCCGAACGUGGAUGAUGUGAUGCUCUCGCGAUUAUUCGCGGAGGAACGUUCUUUUCCAAGAGGAAGGAAAUUCCUGUAAAAGUGGUACCACACGAGCGUUCCGACGUUUCCGCUCCUCGCGGUCUGAUUUUAUUCCUCCUUAUCGUAUAAUUGGUAUACGUACUCCGGACCGGAAAUCUAUUAGGGCGGAUGGCCGGGUGUUGACGUAAACUCUAAAUAAUGUAUCCAAUGGAUAACAUGUGGUGCGAAUGACAUUCGUCCUUCUACGAAGUCUCAACGAGGUUUUUAUCAGGAUUAAUACACGCCAUACAUUCAAAGGGUGAAAGAGAAGGCAAAGACAAACAUGGGGAACACCGACAGUUCCCACGAUGUGGAAAUGAGCUCGCUGUCAGUGAUGACGGCGAACGAUCGUCCCCAUAUUAUGAGAACGCCAAUGCGCCCGAUGAUAGCGGAAUACGAGCCGAAGAAGCAGGGUGUGAAAACAGAACUCUCAGACGUGGUGCUUGUCAAAUACAAGUGCGAGAAAAAUGACGUGCCCAUUACGGUCACGAACGGCUCGACCUUGCCGCUCGUGGAGCGACCGACCGACGAGGAGGCCGCCCUUUACAAUCCGUUCGAGCAUCGCAAACUCGCCCAUCCCACUUCGGACCUCGACACGCUCAUACAUCUGCUCAAGGGAAGUUUGGGCACGGGUAUACUCGCGAUGCCGAUGGCCUUCCGCAACGCCGGUCUCACCUUCGGCCUCUUCGCCACCUUUUUCAUCGGCGCGGUUUGCACCUACUGCGUCCACAUUUUGGUCAAGUCCGCCCAUCUCCUGUGCAGGCGGUUGCAGACACCUAGUCUGGGCUUCGCUGACGUGGCCGAGGCGGCCUUCCUGGUGGGGCCCGAACCCGUUCAGAAAUACGCCAGACUUGCCAAAGCGACAAUUAAUUCAUUCUUGGUGAUCGACCUGAUUGGUUGCUGUUGCGUAUACAUCGUUUUUAUCUCGACCAAUCUCAAGGAGGUCGUGGACUAUUACACGGGAACGAACAAGGAUCUGCGAGUGUACAUGGCCGCGUUGCUGCCAGUGCUCAUCCUCUUCAAUCUUGUGAGGAAUCUCAAAUAUCUCGCGCCGUUCUCGAUGGUGGCGAACGUGUUGAUCGCCACCGGCAUGGGUAUUACCUUCUAUUAUAUUUUCAACGAUCUGCCCACUAUCAGCGACGUACCAAAUUUCUCCAGUUGGUCUCAGCUGCCCCUUUUCUUCGGCACUGCCAUCUUUGCCCUCGAGGGCAUCGGUGUUGUGAUGCCAUUGGAGAACAAUAUGAAAACACCGUCGCACUUCGUCGGUUGCCCGGGUGUUUUAAACACUGGCAUGUUCUGCGUGGUAUUGUUGUACAGUACCGUCGGUUUCUUCGGCUAUUGGAAGUAUGGCGAGAGCACGAAGGCCUCUAUUACGCUCAAUCCCCCGCAAGAAGAGGUGCUGGCACAAUCCGCCAAGGUAAUGAUCGCCAUUGCGAUCUUCCUCACUUACGGACUUCAAUUCUACGUGCCGAUGGAGAUCAUUUGGAAGAACCUCAAGCAGUAUUUCGGCUCCCGACGAUUGCUGGGCGAAUACUUUAUCCGUAUCCUGUUGGUAAUCUUUACCGUCUGCGUGGCGAUCGCCAUCCCGAAUUUGGGUCCGUUUAUUUCCCUCGUCGGGGCUGUAUGCCUGUCCACGUUGGGUCUCAUGUUCCCGUCGGUGAUCGAACUAGUAACCGUCUGGGAGCAGGAGAACGGUCUCGGCAAGUGGAACUGGCGGCUGUGGAAGAAUAUCGCCAUCAUCUCUUUCGGCGUAUUAGGCUUUGUCACCGGCACGUAUGUCAGUAUCCAAGAGAUCCUGGAAGGGCCGAAAUGAGACGCCGAGUCUGGCGCGAGGAGCGGUCCACGAAGGCCGCUCGCAAAUACCGCUCGUCGUCUGACGCACGUCGUCAGACGGCGAGUACCACGUAUGACAGCGUGCUGGACGUCACUCGCGCGUCACUGACGCGAUGCUGUCAGUAGACAGGCCACCGGGUCCGGGACGGGAUUUCUUCCGCGAAUCCUUAUCGCCGCGUCCUUCCUGUCGGUAGUACGACAACUAUGACAAUAAUUGACGACGACGAUGACGACGAAUGACGAUAAUAAUGAAGAUAUUCGCGCAGAAGUCUUCGCGUAAUCGAACUUUCAUUUAUCAUUUUCUUAACAGUAGUCAAAUUAGUAUUACGCGCGUCAUGCGACGGUUAUUGACGAGGCGCGAAGUGUACGGUCGAUCAAGAGAAUUCGAGAAAUAAUUUCAUACCGCGCGCUCUCAAUAAUUUAUCAUUGUUCUCGCACAUUGUUCUUGCAAGAUUCAAGCAGAAUCAGCAUUAUUUAUAGCAAGAUAGAGUAGAUAUUAGAUUAGCGCAAAAGUUAUCACGCCUAUCAAGUGACGUUAUAGAAAAACAAAAUUAUGUGAAUUAAUUUCGAGAAAUAAUUUUGUUUAUUAAAACAGCCAUACUUUAAUAUACUUUUCU